AACCAAUCCUAAGCUCGCAAUAACACAUUUCAAAGCCCUGACAGUUGACGAAAAUACAAAGGCAACAGGAUGUAUGAAAUAGACGACCCUGAUUUACAAAAGGAGAAAUGUUACACUACAAUUGGGAAGCUACCUCCCUUCGUCGAUCCCCAGCAACCGCCAAUUAAAAAAUCACCUUUCUCCACCAUCUCGAAGCACUCGUUUGUGCAUUCUACAGCGCUCAUCUUACCAAAAGAAAUUUACGACUCGGUUUGGGAUUCCAUAUCUAACCGAAUACAAACCCGUCAAUAUGCCAAAGUGAUUAUGCCAUUGUCGGCUUUGUUGGAGCAUGACUUUUUCAACGCUUAUAUUAAAAUUGGUGAUAUCCUCUUGAUUUCAGAAGGUAGGAGCGGCGUGGAUAAUGUUUAUACCCUCAAAGAUGGAGUUCUUCGAUUAGAGUUGGAUAAGAACUCAUUUGAGCGAGCCGGACUUGAUGGAAAACCAAUCCGGAGUGGUGGGAGAAAACACGUAAAGGAAAGAUACGCCGUGGCAAUCAAUCUUCGACUCCCAUCAAUGCUCCACGGGAAAAAGGGCUUCGAGCGGAUCGUAUGGGCUUUCAAGAACGUAUUAACGACAUCUGUAACUUGGUUGUUCUGCGACUUAACCCCAUCUCCAACUUACUCAGAAGAAGACGCUCCGAUUAAAAAGCACUAUCCCCAGAUUAUACAAUGUGCACCGGACGUGAAUGUUCUUGGGACAAUCAUGGUUCCACCGCUACAUUUACCAGGUCUCGAAACAGACACUGGAAAGGAAUUCCUUCACGAGACUUGCGACGAGGUUCAGGAAUGGCUCGGCCUGGUUGUCCUCGAUUCUCCACGCGUGCAUGUCAACGAUACCAUUGACCCAUAUUUGAGCCGCUACGCACCUCCUAACCAAGAUGAGUGCCAGCCUGUCGAGCUGGUUAAGAUCUUCUGGAAAGGAUUGCUUCCUUCUGCGUGGAUAACGCAGCUAUUUGCAGUCACUUUGCGGCAAUUCGCGCCUGGUCCUUCGAAACCUGAUGGCUGGUUUGCUCUUACAUCUUUCGCACUAGGCAGGGAAGCGGUCGAAAGCAAAGACGGAUACACGAUAUUGUUCCAGCCGUUGAACAAAGUGCCUACUAAAAACCAACCAUCAGAGAAUUCCACGGCCAGAGAGCGGCCCCAGCACCAGUUUAUUUGCUGGGAAUAUGCGGGAGGCUCGUCGCAUAGCUGAUUGAGCUAAAGUUGAGAUCAGACUUGAUAGUCAAAAUGGUGAAGAAAAAGACAUCCGUCAAAAUUGAUUGGCAUGAAUGAUACAUUGUAAUGAUUUAUAGAGUGGAAAUGGAAGUUCCUCUAUGUAAAAGUGCCUUGGUAGAGUGGCAUGGAAAGCAAUAACAGCGAAGAAUUAACUCCGAGCUGAACUCAUCAUCCAAAGUACCGAUAAUACUUAUCCCAAAAUUUAGGGUGAUAAUACCAAAAAAGAAACUGAUCACAACCCAAAAAUGUAAAUAAACCGGAAGCAAACACUACAUCAAAUCAUUCAGCACAUCCAUCAAUACCGGUCUCGUAGCUACAAUCCUUGCACCGUCUAGGAGUUUCCCUCCUAUUUUCUCCGGCCUCCUCUGGCCAGCGGAUGGCUGUCUAUUCUUGACUGGGCUCAAAGCGAUCCGUUGUUUAUCCUUCAAAGGACUCUGAUCAUGAAAUGUGACUCUCUUUUUUGGGAUCUUCUUUGUCGGGCUCCUCUUCUUAGGACUCAGUGAAUUCGAUCGCAUCACUUCCAUGCCCUUCCGCGGGCUCAACUGUGUUAGCCCAUUCUCCGCAUUUUCAAAAACAUGUUGCUCAACAGCGGUACGCGGCAAAUCAUAUGUCCAUGCUUUCGCAUCCAUAAGCUGGACAAAAUUUCCUAGUAGUUCAUUGCCAUCACGAAGCGUAUUCUUGCUCCCAACUAUAAGCAGUUUGGUUCUCGCCCGAGUAAACGCGACGUUCACGCGUCUCCAAUCCCGGAGUAGUUCACCAACAUUCCGCUCUGAGUUGCUGCGGACGCAACUCAUGAUGAUGAUUUCUUUAUCACGGCCCUGGAAGCGGUCUGCUGUGUGCAUCUCUAGGUCCGGGUGGUGGCGGAGGUUUUGUUUUAGGAGGGAUAACUGGCUUCGGUAGAGGGUUACGACGCCGAUAUCCCCGGCUGGGAUACCUACAGAAAUGAACGAUUCAACGAGUUGCGCGCAAAUCGUAGCUUCGAUGGGAUUUAUGAUUCGGGAACCCUUGGAUGACUCAGUCGCCUGUGGCUCUAAGGGGUCAGUGUUGACAAGUCGGGUCCUAGCGACAGGGUCGAGCAGAUCGCGGAUCCAGCAGCGGCCAUAUCGGGAGCCCAGGCAGGAAUUUCUGACGUUGGGGGGUAACGAUAAUGAGUCGACAUGGUGUUGUUUCAGCCUACCGAGAUUCGGGAUUUUGAGGUAACUUUGAGCAACUUCUGGGGUUCCGCACUUGAGAUGUCCCGAGUAGAUGAGGGUGUUUGAAAGGAGCAUUAUAUCUUCACACAUUCGAUAUUGGUGCUCUAAGUUGACAACUGAGGCCGGUUGCAAAUCGCAGAGAAGCUUAAAUAAGCUUACAUCCAAUCCACUUUCCCGGGCUUCCUUAUCUUGAACGAGUGGAGGUAGCUGAUAGUGGUCUCCAACGAGGAUGAACGUUUUCGCCAUACGAAUGGGACCUAGACAGACCGGGAGAGUUAUUUGGGACGCCUCAUCAACAAUACAGUAGUCGAAGGUGCGGCUAUUAAAAAUAGGGUGGUUAAUGCCCAAGCAUGUGGUUGCCACGAUCCGUGAAUUUUCAUAAAUAUCCCGUAACUCCUCUAUGGUCUUUUUGGGAGUUGCUGCCAAAUCAGCAAACUUUUGGACAUCUGGAUGGAUUUUGGUUGUGGCACCCAGCCUUAGCGUUCGAAUAUUGUCGUCCUUCACUUUGAGCAAAAUAUUGUCGACAGCGGUAUGAGUGUAAGAUGUUAGAAGGACGCUUUUCCCUUGAGAGAUAAGAGCCCGUAUAAUAUGGGCUAUGGUGGUUGUUUUUCCAGUUCCUGGCAUCCCCAAGAUCAGAGCGUAAUCAUUUGCACUCAUCACUUUCUUGAUAGCUUGCUCUUGGUCGAUAUUUAGCUCUGUCUCAGGGAGGCAUGGUAUGGCUGAUGAAGAGGUCGGCUUGAAUAAAGGAAUGUGGCCAUCAAUAAUCAAAUCCCUGAGCCGCCUAGCUUGGAAGGUGUUUCUAUCCAUCAUACAAACAAGAUUGUUUCGGACAGUCGCCAUGCCAUUGCUGAAUUCGUCCUUGUCUAGGCGGUAAAGAGUCGUGUCUUCGGCCUUUUCAGGAAAAACGGUAGAUUCAGAUCCGCCAGUUUCAACAAUUUCCAUAACACCUGUAAAGGAUUGAUGUCGAUCUGCAUCAAAGUUCGAACAUCUCGUUCGGGCAUUAUGGAGCCGCCGGUCAACUGCGACCGAGAUUCGCGUACGACUAAUAUGGGUGACAUAGCCGUUGGCGAGUGCGAAAUGACCCUUUUCGUCAGAGACAACGAUGGGUUCUCCAACACUAAGCUGUGAGUCCCCAAAGGAGAAGUUUGAAGGUGGUUGGUGUUUGAAAAAUGUAUACCUAAAUCGAUUAAUUUUCGGUACACCGGUCUCUUCAUAAGCGGACCCCGGUUCGACCAUAACGUUACCGAAGCAGCGGCCAACACCCUCGCGUUCGUUACUCAACAUGGUCCACAAUUCCCGUCGGAAUUUAAGGAUAUCUCGCUCUUCCAUAGUCAAAAGAGCGUCCCAUUUCUUGAAGAAGUUUUGGUGGGAGGGUGUAAGAUGUCCGACAAUCUCAAUGAAACUAGUUCCCAUUCCGCUGCUCUCAUCAUCUCCGUCAUCCAUGACUUUGUGGUAGAUGAAACAUGCAUCUUUGGCGUAGCACUGGUUGCAUAUCCGUGCCUUUUUAAGCAUUGGAGGUAAGUCUGAUUUUUUACAUAUGAACUCAGCGAGACGGUUACGCUGCUGUAUCAUUUGGCGGAUUUCGCUUCGGAUAGCUCGAACUCGGAAAGUUUUGGUUGCUUCGAGAUAGAAGAGUAUUCCAAAGGUCACAUCGAUAUCUGAAUACGACUAGUUAGCGAAUGAGUAUCCCCACUUGCGUGGAAAGAACAUACCAUAUCGAUCGGAAACAAGCAAGGUGUACAAUGCCGUUUGCGCCCUGUGAGCCUCAUUGGAAUUGUUCCGUCCCGUUUUCAACUCGAAUGGGACAGUUAGCGUCUUUUUCUCUGUCCCUUCCUGGACGGCCACUUGCACAGUCGCAUCGACAUUGCCUUUCAAUCCGUACAUAGGAGACCAGAUAUGCUCCUCAACUUCAAGAAGCUUGUUGAUGCUUAGACACGAAGUAGUGCCACUCCUGUCUUCCGUAAUUGACUCGAUCUGCAUGCUUAUCAGCAUAUAUAUAAAUGUCAAAGCUAGAAGUAAAGGGCCUCAUUCAUACCGUAGGGCGUGAUCGCAUGAAGAUGUCCGCCCACGAGCUUAGAGCAGGUAUUUUGCUCAUUAAAUACUCAGUAGCUUCAGAAACUUCGACUUGGAUCUCAUACAAACUCUCCACAUAGUGCUCUAAUGUGCGCGAAAUAAUUUCACGCAGCCAGCUUUGAUCCCAGCGAUUUGCGCUCGCGGCUGCUUGGAAUAUUUCGUGAAGGAUAUGACCAUACACUUGAGGUUUGUUGGCUUCGCUAGUAGCCUUAACGCGGUCUUGGAGAACAGCACGGCGGGGGCAGGUAAACGAGUCCGCCACCACCGUUGCAGAGAUUAGAUGGUCUGGGUGAAGGAUUAUCAUAUUGUCAGAAUUGUCCACCAGGCAUCGUCCCAUAUGAUCGAAGCUUCCGAUGAGGUGGAUAUAAGAUCCCUUUGAGCAUGGCGUAUCAU